CCCCAACGCCCCAACCUUCUUUCCUCAAAGCAUUCAAGCAUUCCAUCAUGCAGUUGGUCAUCAACCCCAGGUCUCCAAAGUCACGCAAGUUCCCCAUCACCCUCGUCCUCGAUGGCACCCCUGCUACUGUUCGUGUAGAGGAUGUCCAGGCCGCCAUCGCUGAAAAGUUUCCUCAGCUCUACGUGGACCGCCAACGUCUGACGGUUGAAAAGACUGCUCUUGAACAGGGCAAGACCUUGUCAGAGUAUGGUCUCAAGGAUGGUGACUCGGUCACGUUUAAAGACCUUGGACCUCAAAUUAGCUGGCGUACUGUCUUCUUGAUCGAAUACGGCGGUCCUUUGCUGAUCCAUCCUCUGAUCUAUUAUCUGCCCUCUUUGUUCUACAGCAGGACAUUUGAGCACUCGAUGAUGCAAACCGUGACAUUCUGGAUGGUAAUGCUCCACUUCUUGAAGAGAGAGUACGAGACCGUGUUCGUCCAUCGUUUCUCCCACGGUACAAUGCCAUUCCGUAACGUGUUCAAGAACAGUGCUCAUUACCACCUGUUGUCCGGAUUGAAUCUCGCUUACUGGGUCUACGGUCCCUGGAAUGCAGCCGGCACUGUUUUGGGCGAGAGAAGUCGAACUGUGAUCUAUGGAUGCAUUGCCCUCUACGCCUUUGCUGAACUUUCCAACCUCAAGACCCAUGUCACCCUUCGUAACCUUCGUCCCCCAGGCACUCGUGUCCGCAAGAUCCCUCGUGGCUAUGGCUUUGAUUUGGUCUCGUGCCCAAACUAUUUCUUUGAGACUCUGGCAUGGUUGGCAGUGUCAGUGUUGACCCUUUCCUGGUCUGCUCAUUUGUUCUUGGUGGUGGCUGUUGGUCAGAUGUAUAUCUGGGCAGUGAAGAAGCAUAAGGGUUAUCGCAAGGAGUUCCCUGAUUAUCCUCGUGGACGCAAGGCCAUGUUCCCUUUUGUUGCUUAAGAAAAGAAAAAACCCCUUUUGCUCCUCUUACCUUCAAAAGUUUUUUGUUCAUCAAUCAGGUUUAAUCUUCCUUGAUCUUGUUCACUAUCAUCACAAUCUGAAAGUAUGUAGCA